AUGAUCAGUGUUCAUCAGAUGUCUUCCAGGAAUCCAUUGAUUCAUGCAGCAGGCGAUAUGGAAGAUGAUAUGACGAAUGCCGAAGUUGUCGGUACAAGCAAUACACGAGAAACAGAAAACAAUAAUGAAUCCUCAAGUAGAACGCGUGGGAUCCUUAAAAAAAUCAGGCUUAACGGAUCUUUGGCAAGGCCAUCUAGUUCUCAAGAGGCUUUUCAAAGUAGAUGUAAUGAAAAAUUGUCGAGAAUCCAGACAGUACCAAAAAUUGGAUCUGGUGUCGCAGAUGACUGGCUUAAGCAUCAAACCUGUAGACGACUUGAAACAGAUGGUUCCGAGCGCGGAGAAUCCUCGAAUCGUGACAACUUCUUUCCUGGAGCUGGAGUGAACGAAGUGCAGAAUCCAACGCGGCGUCGUACUGCGUGCCCCAAAUGCGAGGCAAGUGUACCUGUCAAGUCGUCUCCAAAAUCAAAGGCUUGUUACUUAGACUACUUGUGUUUCCAUUGUUUUGUUGACUACAUAAAAGAAAUGCGAGAUGUGGCGCCCUAUGAUAACUUGUCAUCUAAGUUGGAGGCGUUCCAUUUGGCCACUCCUGCUGGCAACAUGGCAGAGGAUGAAAUGGAUACUGAGGCAGAAGAAUCAACUAACGUAAACUCGACAGAAAAUCAACACGAAGAAAUGACAACAGACUCUUAA